AUACUACUAUAUACUCCUAUACUUGGUAACCUAAUCUCACGCGCGCUCUCUCUCUCUCUCUUCGGGCGUCUUUGGAUAACACUCCUACUCCUCUCUCUGCUUCCGUCUAAAACCCUAAUUAUACUCAUCACCUCACCAACCAACCAUCCGCCGAUUUCCUAUUUGAAGAGUGAAUGGCAUCAACUUUCAUUACCAUGUCUUCGGUUGGCUCCUUUGCUGCACCUAGCAUUGGUGUGCCAGAUAACAAAUUUGGAUCUUUUGGUUCCAUAUCCUCGAGCUCAUUUGGUAGGAGCCAAAAUGUUUUUCUCCGAAGAGGACGUUCUCCAAGAAUAAAUGCCAUGGCUAAGGAUUUGUAUUUCAACAAGGAUGGUCAGGCUAUUAAGAGGCUGCAAAAUGGUGUGAACAAGCUUGCUGAUCUUGUUGGGGUUACUCUUGGUCCAAAGGGCCGAAAUGUCGUUCUAGAGAGUAAAUAUGGCUCCCCAAAAAUUGUUAAUGAUGGGGUGACAGUGGCUAAAGAGGUCGAGUUGGAAGAUCCAGUUGAGAACAUUGGGGCUAAAUUGGUCAGACAAGCCGCGGCGAAGACCAAUGAUUUGGCCGGAGAUGGGACAACGACAUCUGUUGUUCUUGCGCAAGGUCUUAUUGCUGAAGGUGUCAAGGUGGUAGCAGCGGGUGCAAAUCCUGUAUUGAUUACCAGAGGAAUUGAGAAGACUGCAAAAGCUUUGGUCAGCGAGCUUAAGCUGAUGUCAAAAGAGGUAGAAGACAGUGAACUGGCUGAUGUUGCAGCAGUUAGUGCUGGUAACAACUAUGAAGUUGGUAAUAUGAUAGCUGAAGCCAUGAGGAAAGUGGGUCGGAAGGGUGUGGUGACCCUUGAAGAGGGGAAGAGUGCCGAAAACAGUCUCUAUGUUGUUGAAGGGAUGGAAUUUCCUCGUGGUUAUAUCUCACCUUAUUUUGUGACUGAUAGCGAGAAAAUGUCAGUUGAAUUUGAGAACUGCAAGUUACUGUUAGUUGACAAGAAAAUAACGAAUGCAAGGGAUCUUAUAAAUGUACUGGAAGAUGCUAUCAGAGGUGGAUACCCGAUUUUGAUAAUUGCAGAAGAUAUUGAACAAGAAGCUUUGGCAACUCUUGUCGUGAACAAGCUUAGAGGGGCAUUGAAAAUUGCAGCACUGAAAGCUCCAGGAUUUGGAGAAAGGAAGAGCCAGUACCUUGACGACAUUGCAAUUCUGACUGGAGCGACUGUAAUUAGAGAUGAGUUAGGGCUUACCUUGGACAAGGCAGAUAAGGAAGUCCUGGGUCAUGCUGCCAAGGUUGUGCUUACCAAGGAUUCGACGACAAUUAUUGGUGAUGGGAGCACCCAGGAUGCAGUAAAUCAACGUGUUGCACAGAUUAAAAACCUUAUCGAGGUUGCAGAGCAAGAAUACGAAAAGGAAAAACUUAAUGAAAGAAUCGCAAAAUUGUCUGGAGGUGUUGCUGUCAUUCAGGUUGGAGCACAAACUGAGACAGAGCUAAAAGAAAAGAAGUUGAGAGUAGAGGAUGCUCUCAAUGCAACUAAGGCGGCUGUUGAGGAAGGUAUUGUUGUUGGUGGUGGAUGCACCCUACUUAGGCUUGCUUCAAAAGUUGAUGCCAUCAAGGAUAGCCUUGAGAAUGACGAGGAAAAGGUUGGAGCAGAUAUAGUUAAGCGAGCUUUGAGUUACCCCCUGAAGUUGAUUGCCAAGAAUGCUGGUGUUAAUGGAAGUGUUGUUAGUGAGAAGGUUCUUUCCAAUGAUAACCCAAAAUUUGGAUACAAUGCUGCAACAGGAGAAUACGAGGAUUUGAUGGCUGCCGGAAUAAUUGAUCCAACCAAGGUGGUCAGAUGUUGCUUGGAACAUGCAGCUUCGGUGGCGAAGACAUUCUUGAUGUCAGACUGUGUGGUGGUUGAGAUCAAAGAGCCUGAACCUGUUCCUGCCGGCAACCCCAUGGACAAUUCAGGAUACGGUUACUAGACGCUGCGGAAGAUUGUGAGAAGUUAUCAUAGCAAAAGACGAUCCGACUUCUGCUGUUAGUUCUGAAAGAAACAUACCAGAGGGGUCAUUAUUUGUGUAAAUUUAUUAUUUCUGCUGGUAGGAAAGCAUAAAUUAUGGUGAGGUUAGGUUGGCAGAGUGCGGCAUGUAUAAGUGCAAUGAUACUGAACUGAGUGCAAAACAAUAUUUCAUCUUUGGCCGAGUUGCAAUUUUGAGGUAAUUUUGUGCGA